CGCAUUCGUAAAGUUACUGCCGGGUGGCACGCACGCGUCUUAUAAGCAAGCUCGCGAUAUAAGUGUGAAAAGUUUUGCAAAGUGUAGCAUUAAUUAAAUGAAAAAACAAUGACAAUGGACAUUCAAAAUAACUAUCAAAGUUAUAAAGAGGCGUCUCCUGAUUCGAAGGAGAGUAAUCUAAAUAUCGAGAGUGCAAGGACGUCGCAGAUCACAAAACCCGAGAUGCAGUCGACGGUAUUGAAUGCUGGGAAGACCUCAAAAAGAUCGUUCGACGUUGCCUUCCUGAUGAUGCCGGAUGAAAAACUUCGUCAAAAGCAACCUGAAAGGCAUCUUCGUGUGUCAAAACAACUUUUCAAUAACGAAGAAUGGGAACAUCCGCUUAAGAGGAUUCCAGAAAUUUACAAAAACAGUGAGUACUCCAACGAAAAUACAAUGGAUUUAAAGGAUCAAGAUGAUGACAGAAUUCGCAUUAAUAAUAACAUAUCUCCCAACUUUGGUUCUGACAUUAACAUAGACGUCGGUACGGAUGAAUAUCCAAACAAAGCAAUGUAUUGCAGUGAUUCCGAGAAUUCCGAUCGUUCAAGGAGCCGUCCAAAUUCCAAUGAAAGUGCAGCAAGGCAGCCGAAAUUUCUACCCGAAUAUAAGAAUAAGAUUUUCGAUGACCCGACUUUAAUUAGCAUGCAAUCAAGAGCAAGAUAUGAAAACCGAUACAUUGAGAAGCCGCCAGAGAUGUCACCGAGAAGCGCAUUCACGAAAGUUUCUAACUAUACCAUGCGGUCACCUAAUCCAUCAGUCAGUCCUGAUAAUCUGCUGUAUCAAAAUUCUGUCAGUCCGCCUUUAUCUGCGACUAGCCAAUCCUCGAAUUCUUUUACGAAAGGACCAAGUUUUAAUAAUCUGCUUACACCAGCGCAGCUUUUGAAUGGUAAUAACUUCUUUAAAGCACAAAGUAUUCCUUCAUCUUCUCCAAAUUAUCCCGAACCGAGUCCAAAUCAAACAAGAACUAGUGGAGCAUUCAAAGGCGUUGAAUACCAAGAAAAGCAAAGUUUCCCGAAGCCCCAGAUAUCUCCCAACAAGUUAAACUUUUUGCCUUUCAGACCAGACAUACCUUAUUUACAAGCGGGAUCUUCCUAUCCGUUCAGUGUUCAAAACUUUCAACCGCCGAAUCCAGAAUUCAUGAAGUUUCCUGUUCCAGCAAGAGAACCGCUUAUUUCUAACCCAGCGGCUGCUAUACUCAGCACAUUAUUGCCACCGACAUUGGCUGCUUUUUCCUUGCCUGCUCAAAAUGUAUGUGCAAAAUGCAGCAUUAGUUUCCGAAUGACCUCAGAUCUCGUUUACCACAUGCGUACGCACCACAAAAGCGAGUCCGUAUCCGAUCCUAACAGGAGAAAGAGAGAAGAAAAAUUGAAAUGUCCUGUUUGCAAUGAAAGUUUUAGAGAAAGACAUCAUCUAACGAGACAUAUGACAGCACACCAAGACAAAGAAGGAGACAUGGACGACGUCCCACAAAAUUUUAAUAAGAAAAGCAAACAAUUCUACCCCCAUAACGGUUCGCUCAUUCACAAAUGAGUCGCUUAUGCAAAUUUAAUGUCGGCCUCAGAACUGUUUCAAUUCAACAGAGUUGUAACUAAUUAAUAAUAGUCAAUGUUUGAAACUACGUCAGUUUACGGUCUUUGUGGAUUCUCGAUUCGUUUUUAAUUGUUAUUGUUAUAUGAUUAAGAUAUAUCCUCUAUGUGCAAUAUUAGCUUUUAAGUGUUCUAUUUCUUUUGUAAAUAUGAUUUUAGAUGUAGUAGCAAAUCAUUAAAGUACUUAAGAUAAAUCGUUUUAUUUUCUUUAGCG